AUGACCAUCAAUCUGCGCGCAUUAUCAACAAGGGCGUCGGGCCUAGUGGACAACAUUCUCGAUCCACAUCAUCAACACCAUGAUGACACGAAACCAGGGACGCACGGGAUGGACCCUUACGAACUUCUUCAAGCUAUUACUUCCUUGAAACCAGCCAAUUCUGAAGCAAACCUUGUUAUGGACCUUGCACGAGCCAAACGUGAAGUACUUCGGGCACAGAAGGCACUCGCGGAGUGUUUACUACGGGAAAAUGAAGUAUUGGCAAGCUUGCUCAGGCUUCGAGUGGAUACCGCAAAGAACACUCUAGAUGAUGCAGACAUGGGCCUGGGGUACAGCAUGGCUGGUCUCAUUGUCCCUUAUCUGCAAAACAAUGUGAAGGUGAUCAGCGCACCGCUAUUCGGACUUGAACUCCUUGACUUUCAAAUGCAAAGUCCUUAUUUUUCUGUGACUCUUGGCGGAACUGUGAAAUCUGGCGAGCAGUUUGCUUUCAGCAAACCUAUCUGGGGGCACAUGACCGUCAAACUCAUGGGCCCCAUCGUGGCGCUUUCCGACGAUGCCUUUGCGAGCAUUAUUGCGGAGGCACAACAGUAUGCCAAGCACGCGAAAAGUAUUGGGAACUCGAGGACUACCACCAGUGACGCGCCUGACGAGGAUGACGUGUUCGCUGACCUAUUUGCAUUCCGUUGA